AUGAAGAAAACGGUGGCGAUCGCCCCGGCGGUGCUCGGGAUGUGCGCCGCGGGCGCGGCGGAGGCGGCGGUGGACCCGGUGGCGAGCGCGUUUGCGGCGUACGGACACUAUCUCGGUCUCGUCUUGGUCGUCGGUGCGUUGACGACGGAGCGAUUGACGGUGAAGGCGAACAUGAGCGAGGACGAGGAGCAACGCUUGGUGAUCGCGGAUAGCGUGUACGGAAUCGCGGGCGUCCUCGUGCUGUACACCGGGUAUCUGCGGGCGACGGAGUACGGUAAGGGGUGGGAGUUCUACGCGCACGAGCCCAUCUUUUGGGUGAAGAUGUGGUUGUUCACCGUCAUGGGGUCGAGCUCGUUGUUUCCGACGAUUAAGAUUAUUCAGCGCGCGGCGGCCAAGGCCAAGGGUGAGGUGGAGCCGAUGAGCGAGAAGCUCGCGAAUCGUAUCACCAAGGUUGUGAACGGUGAGUUGCUCGCGAUCGGGUCCAUUCCGCUCGCGGCGGCGCUCAUGGCGCGCGGCGUCGCGUACGCCCCGGAUAUGUCGUGGCAAGCGGGCGCCGCUCCGAUCGCGCUCACCUCCGUCGCGCUCGGCGUGAAGUACGUCAAGGAGGCGCUCACGUGGGAGGAAGAUUCCGCGUAA